AUGGCCGCCGCCAAGAAGCGGAAAGCCGACGAUGACGGCAGUGAUGAAAUGUCCGUUUCGCCCAUGAGCUCGCCCGCCAUCGCCAACCGCCAGCUUUCCCGUCCUGUCAAGAAAGCCCGCGCUGCCGAAAUGGCUGGCCGUCCCCUGCCGCUGCCUCGCCUGCUCGAGGCCCUCGAUGCCUCGCAGCUGCGCACCAUCCUCCAGACCAUUUGCGACCACCACCCGGAUAUCUCGCAGCAGGUCGCCGACAACGCGCCGCGCCCCACACCCGCAUCCACGCUGCGGCUCCUCGGCGAGUACCAGGACCGUCUCCGCUCUGCCAUGCCGUACGGCCACUCCAGCGCCGACUACAACUACUAUCGCGUCAAGCAGCCGCUCAUCGCCAUCGUCGAAGCCAUCUCCGAAUACACCCGCCAGUUCCUGCCACCCGUCGAGUCCCAAACGUCCGCCUCGCUUGAGUUUUUGGACGGCGCGACCAAGAUCGUCCACCAGCUGCCCGACUGGGACAGCCCAACGUACCGCCAGCACAAGGAGAGUGCCUACGACGAGAUUGCCCGCGCCUGGGCCGUCGUCAUCCAGGAGGCGUCCAAGCGCGGCGGCGGCGGUUUUACGUCGUUGCUUCUGUCGGAGCACUGGGACCAGAUCCUGUCCAAACACAACCAGCAGUCGGGCGGGCGUCUCAAAGUCGCCAUGAGUGCGCUCUCGACGCACGUCGGCUGGAUGGGUGCAACAGGCGGCACCAACGACCCCAACUCCAUCCGCAACCAGCUGAUGAACGGCACCUUCGGCUCGCCCGUCCGUGUCGGCCCCUGGUAG